CUGCUGCGUUAUGGAGGCAGCAUGUCCCUGCAGAGCGCCAUGAGCGUUCGCUUCAACAGCACCGGCACCCAGCUGCUGGCACUGCGGCGCCGCCUGCCGCCCGUCCUCUACGAGCUGCACUCCCGCCUGCCCAGCUUCCAGUUCGACAACCAGGGCUACUUCAACUCGUGCACCAUGAAGAGCUGCUGCUUCGCCGGGGACAAAGAUCAGACGCAGAACCGCAGACAGCAGAGGAUUUUCUCAGAGUGACGUGAAAGCAGAGGUGCAGAGUGGCAACUCACCG